UCGGCGAACGCUGCGCCCGCGCAUCGUCAUACAUUAGACAUCAACGCGCUACUAUAUUUAUACAAAAAAUAUGUGUUCGCAAUUAUGUUAGAUUUUCAUAUGUGAUAAGUGAUUAAAUAAUGUUAGUUUAUUAGAAAAAUCAAAAUGGCGUGUUUUUAUAAAUUUAUAUUAUUGUUGUUAGUUACUUUGGUAAGAUCGGAAAAUUUUUUCAAUGACUUUAAUUUCGGUAGUGAUGAAGUAAUGAUAGCCCAAGAGUCGAGACGCUACCAGGCCGUUGUUAAACCUCCCGUCAUAAUAGUGAAGCCCACAGGCGUCACCAAUUCCCACCGACCUCAAUACAAUCUAGACUCCUUGGAGAGCGAUGCUUUGGACGACCUUUUUGAGAUGACUACCAGAAGAUCGUUAGUAAAAAACUACAAGUCUUCUAAUAAUUUGCGAGAUAAAGAAGGGAUGGUCAGAGAUGCUGUGCUGAGAGCGCUGGACCGGAAGGAUCAUGUGGGAAAAUUUGCCCAAAUUCUGCCCAUCAUAAGGGCAAUGUCUGGACCUCAACGGGUGGCACUCGCAUCUCUGGUUGCAAGUCAAGUUACCACUCCACCUGGAAGGACACCUAUGAAUCUUACACAGGUGAGGUCAAUGUUCGGCGACAACGGCAACACCACCGAGCUAAUGCUCCCCAUUCUCCUCGACAUUGCCAAUCUGUUCCGUCGCGCGGUAAGCCCCGGCAAAGAGUUAAAGCAGGUCUCACCGACACCACAAAUGCUCAGACGGUCGUUCGUAGAGGAAACAGAGGACAUUGAAAGCACAACUCAUGAUACAACGAAACACCGCACGCGGAGGAUCAUACCUCCAAGAACACUACCAAACAGAACAGCUAUAGAAGAACACAAAACUGACUUGAACAACACUGAUACAAUAGCGAAUCGAAACGCAUCAAGAUACCCAACGACUACAGAAGCUGGAACAACGCCAUCUAUAUUGAGGACUAGGAUUGUAUCACUCUCGAGGAGUUUACCCGACAAUUCCACUUUGGAUUUGAUGGCGGACUCCACGAACCAGACCCUGGCGCAAGAUCUUCCCGUGGCUGAGAAAUUACGUUCUUUAAAUAGAUACACUGAUAGGAAAAACAGUCUAAUUCGCCGCGGUACUUUCCCACUGAAGCCAAUGUUACCACCAGCAACCCGCCGCACUACAGCCGAGCCAUCUCUCUCGCCAAUCCGACGCAGACCGAUACCCGCAAGGAAGCUGCCCACGACGGCAGAGCCUACGAAAUGCGAGCUCUUCACCAACACGCUGUGUUUGAAUUCAGAUGAUUAUCCAACUGAAGCAAUAGUCCAGUCCAUAAGACGGAAUAAGGCAGCUGCGGGCGCACUGCUAGCUGACUUCAAGGAUCCUGGAGAAGGCGCUAUUGACGGAGUCACGGCUGGACAAGAAUCCAAGUAUACAGCUGAUCAUUACUUGGUUUCUAACAGACGUGGCGAUACAGCGAACCGAGAUUUUGCUAGCGCUGGUGAAGCAGGUUUUAUGUGUCCAAGCACUGUCAAGUACGCGAGGCCGCAGCGAGCGAGAGCCACAUCAGGACAGUGGAAAUACAUCGUCAAUACUGGCGAACAUACACAAACUCUGAGAUUGGAAAAGUGUUUGAAACCAAAGGAUGCUUGCACAUACCUAACAGACAAUUUCAAAUCAAAAUGCGUUCAAGUUUACAAUUACCAUCGUUUGUUAACAUGGGAUCAACAAAAUGGCCUUCACAUGGAUAUUUUUAAGGUCCCUACUUGCUGCUCUUGUCAUAUUGAAGGUUACAGCGUUUCGUUUCCACCACUAGGGCACAGAAUACAUGAGACCUCAUCAGAACAUUUCCCUGGAGAAGAUUUGUCUUCAGAACAAGGAAACCAUGCCUUUGAAGCCGUUCAGUCUACAGUCCCAAGGCCGAGCAUUAAGUCACCACCAUUCAGUCAUAAUAAACCCAUGGAACCUUUCCCACCGUUUUCAGACAGUCAGAAUUUGAUACCAGGCCAACCAUUCAGCAAAAUGAAAGACAAUGAUGAUGGAAGUCUUCCGCCAUCAAGUCCCAUGGAUUCUUAUGGUAAUACAUACUUUCCAGAUUCUUUCAAUCAAGCAAGUAAAAAUUCUAGGAGACCAACUGCAUCCCGAAAUCCAUUACCUAACAGUUUUGACUCGGUGACAUUGCCAAGCUAUUUAGAGCCCCCUACACCGUUAGCAACUUCAUCGUUUUCUUUUGGGAAAGAUCCUACAAGUAAAUUCAAGAUUACUUCAAACACGGGGAAUCAGUUCAAGAGAGGCGCGGUUAGACCUAGCCGCAGGCCUAUCAGAAAAAAGAUUUCUGGAGGACCAGACGACCUAUCGUCGUCGGGAACAUCAGCUGUUGAAUCUUUCACUAGCAGCGGUAUUGAAGCAAGUGACGAGAUGAUUGAUUAUUUAGAAGAACCUGAAAUAGGUCAAGCCAGUAUGUCCACCUCACCCAAAAUUAGAGUAACUAUAGCUCCGAAACUCCACGCGGUAACAACUGAAAAAGUAAGCACAACACAACACUCGCAAGAAAGUAGAGUAAAUGAAAAUUUCACUUCUAAUGGUAAAAGAAUAAACUACAACUACCAUCCGAUCAUAGAUUUCUUUGGCGCGGAAGCGAAAGAUGGAGAUGAAUCCAUCGAUCGAGAAGAUGUUGAACCAACCUAUGUGACACCUAUCGAAUCCGAAUGGAAGCCAAUAAAUCACCCGCCUUCAAGAAAUAAUCAAAAUUCCAAUUUUUUAUCGAAAAAGAAACAUAAAUAAUUAUAUUCUAAAUAAGUGUGAAUUUAAAAUAAGUAAAAUUAUUUUCAAAAAUAGUAAAAAUAGCACAGGUAUACUUUUUAAGAACGAUUGACUGUCUAAAAAUAGUUUAAUAUCUAAACCAUAACCAUAAUAUAGACAAUACAGUGUGUGAAUGAUGCCAAAUCUAUGUUGCAAUGUUUAUGUAUUUAAAUUAAUUGUUAUUUAUUUAUUUAUAUUAAUUUAUAGUUAAGUUAUUAUUAAGUUUCUGUAGAUAUAAAUUAAAAG